AUGAGCGGAAAGAGGCUCAGCAAGCGUCAAUUGCGCGAGCAACAGGAACUCCAAGAGCUUGCUCAACUACCGGUCCCCACAUCGUCCUCCUCAGCCAAGAAGACACCCUUCCAGCAACUUGCUGAGCCCUCUGAUGAUGAGGAUAGCGCACAAGAAGAGGAGAAGCAGGCGGCAACAGUGAUCAGCAGCAAGACUCCCACUGCUUCUUCUAUCUUUGCUGCUCUGGGCGACGAGAAUCAUGACUCAGAUGAGAACCAAGAUGAGGAGGAUCAGGAUCAGCACAUCUCGACACAGCAGGCAACCAAGAGCAAAAAGAAGAACAACAACAAGAAAAAGAAGUCCGCCGCCGUUGCGACCACUGGGGGUGAUGCUGAGAAAGAUGCCGAGGCUACGCCAGCACCGUCCAAGUCAAGCAACAAGAAGUCAUCCUCUUCGAAGAAGUCCUCCGCUGCUCCUCCAGCGCAAACGAAAGACGUCUCCGAAAUGUCUAUUGACGAGUUUGACGCUCUGCUUGCCUCACAAGCAACCCUCAAUACAACCGAUGCCUCGAGUGGCACUCGCGCUGGCUCCUCCUCAGCACCCUCCGCCUUCUACCGAGUCUCAGCAUUCCGCACCCAUCUCAGCUUGGACCCACGCAAUCUCGACCCCGCCAUCGAACUCCGUCGCCAGUUCGGAUCCGCAGCCAUCAAAGCGUACCAAUCCGAAGCAGCCUCUUCUUCCGGCUCUCAUGCUUCAGGAGCACGCGCACGAGCACAAGCCAACAAUCCCAAUCUCAAACUCCGCUCCCUCCUAUGCACACCAAAAGACUACUGGCCACCCAUCAACCGCAGCUUUACUGGCAUGAGCAUGGACGUUCACGACCUUCCCUCCAUCGGCAAGAUCUGCGAAUGGAAGCACAGCAAAGCAUACCGCCAAGUCCAGGUGCAGUUCUUGCAAGCUGUCCGCUCCUACGAUCCCAACUCACUGAUGGCUUUGCUCCGCAUUUACCCUUACCACAUCGACACGCUUCUGCAGCUCAGCGAGUACUCUCGUCAUCAGGGAGAUCUGGGUCAGGCAGCAGACUUUAACGACCGCGCCCUGUUUGCACUGGAACGCUGUGCUGCUCCAUACUUCACUUCUUGUCUUUCCAGUACGAGCUCAGGACCGCCGGUGGUCAACUUUAACAAGAUCGAGAACAGAGCUUUCUACCUCGCCCUCCAUCGCAACAUCGGAUUCUUAGGCAGAAGAGGUACAUGGAGAACAGCACUCGAAUGGUCCAAACUGCUCCUAGGAUUAGGUCAGGACGGGGAGGAUCACCAUGCAGCACUACUCUGGAUCGACUUCCUCGCCAUCAAGUCUCGCCAACACCGAUGGCUGUUAGAUCUCAUUCAGAGGCUUGACGAACAACGCUCACGUGCUAGUGGUCAAGGUGUCUCGCACGUAGACGGGCUCUCUGCCCCCGCCAAGACACCGAUCGACUCAACCGACAAGCAACUCGCCGCAGAAGGCUCCAACUACGCCGGCACCCUUGACUGGUGUGUAGGUCUUGCCUACUCACGUGCACUAGCCCUCCGAGCAGUCGAAAAAGAGGAAGGAGACAAAUCACACUCUAGAUCCAACGCUGCGCUUCGACUGGCGAUCGCACGCUUCCCCGCCGUUGUCCCACUACUUUGCAACAAAGCAGGUGUCGAUCUUCCGUCCAACAUUGCUGGUCAUCCUUUGUUCCAGCUCGAAUCGCGGUUUUCAGGUUCUAAGGAUACGCUUUCGGAUCUGUUGACGCACAUCUACGUUCUCCGUAGCGAGAGUCUGUGGAAAGAAGAAGGUUAUGCGCAAUGGCUUCGCAAGACUACCAUGGAUCUCGUCCCCACCCUGACUGCUGAUUUCGACCUGCCGGGGAAGCAACGCAAGACUCAACCCGCCGUUGCAUCGCAUAACACUCGACAGGGCAUCUACCGUCACGUCUUGGUAUCCGAUGUACCGGAUACUGUCCGACAGCAGCUCAUCGCGUAUUUGCCACCCAGUAUUACGGGCAGCAGUGAAGAGAUGGAUAGUUUCGAUCCUGUUCCGCCUCGAUCCAAGCCCAGCAGUGUGGAGGAAGGACUCGAAGCAAAAGUGCAGAAGGUGACCAGGUAUGACGAUGAGUACUUUGCUCCGAUCCUCGCGCACAACACUUCGUCCGGCGGUAGAGGUCUGAGAGGGAGUGCAGGAGCAGCAGGUGGAGAAGGGGGGGUAAUGGCAGCCUUCCGUAGAGCUCUCCAAGGUUUGGGAGGACUGCAAGGGUGGGAUGCAGCAAUGGAGAACAUGGACGAUGAGACGAGAGAGGAUGUGAUGGCUCAGAUCAUGGCGAUGACGCAACAGGCCGAAGGGGGGAUGCCUGGUGCGUUUGGCGAUGAAGGUGCAGAGGGUAGAGAAGGUGAAGAUGGGGAAAGAGGAGCGGGCGGCGGAGGAAUGGGAGCUUUUGAGGCUCUGAGAGGGGCUUUGGACGCUAUUUGGGGCGGUGGUGGACAAGCUCAGGCACAAGCUCACGUCCACGAGGAAGAGGACGAGAGCGAGGAAGAGCAGCAACGCCAUUAG